AUGUUAAAUAAAGUUUUACUUUCAACAGAUGUAGCUUUAGUUUGUAUUCAACAUGCACUUUCUACUGAAAAAGAAGAAAUUAUGGGUUUGCUUUUAGGAGAGGUACACAAUAAUGGCAGUUUAGUGUCAAUAGUUUCUUCUGUCAUAUUACGGCGACUAGAUAAAAAACCCGACAGGGUUGAAAUAUCUGAAGAACAACUUGUACAAGCUACCUUAAGAGCAGAAGAGUUAGCUACAGAAGUUGGUAGACCGCUAAGAGUCGUAGGGUGGUACCAUUCUCAUCCCCAUAUUACUGUUUGGCCAUCACACGUUGAUUUAGCAACACAAUCCAUGUACCAAAGAAUGGAUCCAAGUUUUGUAGGCAUCAUAUUUGCAGUCUUUCUUUCUGAUCAAACAGCAAAGGCACCCUCGGUCCAAAUAACUUGUUUUCAAUCAGUAACAGAAGGUUCAAGUCAGGCUAGACGAGAAAUUGAACUAGAAAUAACAAAUUGCAAUGAUUCUUUGACAAAGAAUAAUUUUGAGAUAUUAACACAAUUACCCACAAUUUUAAAAGAAGAAGAAGAUGAAGCAUUUAAAUUGGAGGCAGGAGAGAGAGAGACAGAUGAUAUAAUAAUUAACCAGCAUAACACAGCUGUUAGAACAAUAGCCAUUGGUCAUGUUGUUGAAAAGGUUUCAAGACCAAUGCUUGAGGCACUUUGUACCAGAAACGCAUUAAAUAGUGUGCGCCUAAGAGCUCUAAAAAAGCAACAUCAAGACUUGAUGUCUAGAUUAGACAAUAUGCCAUGUAAUGUUUAA